CUGGUCAGACCGCGUCGUCAGCGAAAAAAAAAACCAAAAAGUCGGCGAAUUUUUUGCGGUCUCAGUUUGUUGAAAAAAAAUAAGAUUUUCGUUUGGUAUUGUUGCGCUCGGGAUAGAAGAAUUGAACGCUCUACCGUGUGUGCAGAAAGGGGCAAAAAGAGAAAGCAGUGCAAAUUUACAAGCGACUGGAGCACAAAACGGAACUUUUGCUCUUGGCCUCCUCUCCACGCCCCCUCGCCGACGCCCCUCGCCCCCUUAUCCCCUUCGUUUUGGACGCCGCCGUUUGUCGUGCAUUUUGUUGUUAUUUUACGGGACUUCUAGUUUUUUUUUAAUAUUGUUUUUGUUAUUGUUGUAAUCUAUAACUUAUCGGUAACCACGGAAUCGGUCGAUAUAUAUAGUUAUGUCGAAAAACAAGCUGAAUCUGGUGCUGCCGCCGGUAAAUACGGAGGCAACUGUUGCCGCCGCCACAGUGGCGCCGACGCCGCCAUUCAAAACCCCUUCGGGCACAGACACACACAGCUUGCUUGGGAAGCCGAAGACGAGCAUCGAUGCCCUGACGGAAACGCUGGAGGGAUUGGACAUGGACGACACGGAACGGAAACGGAUAAAAGUAUUCCUUAGCCAAAAGGAAAAGAUAGGCGAGCUGUCGGACGAAGAUCUGGAGAAGCUGGGCGAACUGGGAUCGGGUAAUGGCGGCGUCGUGAUGAAAGUCCGCCAUACGCACACACACCUGAUCAUGGCCAGGAAACUUAUCCAUCUAGAGGUGAAGCCUGCGAUCAAGAAACAGAUUCUGCGUGAACUGAAAGUCCUUCACGAAUGCAAUUUUCCGCACAUCGUUGGCUUCUACGGCGCCUUCUACAGUGACGGAGAGAUCAGCAUCUGCAUGGAGUACAUGGACGGUGGAUCCCUGGAUCUGAUCCUCAAGCGGGCUGGUCGAAUACCGGAAUCUAUUCUCGGCAGGAUCACGCUGGCGGUACUCAAAGGCCUGAGCUAUUUGCGCGAUAAGCACGCCAUUAUCCACCGGGACGUAAAGCCGAGCAAUAUUCUCGUCAACAGCAGCGGCGAGAUCAAAAUCUGUGAUUUCGGCGUCUCUGGCCAACUGAUCGACUCGAUGGCCAACUCCUUCGUGGGCACCCGCAGCUAUAUGUCGCCGGAGCGACUGCAGGGCACUCACUACUCCGUGCAGUCGGACAUCUGGUCGCUGGGCCUGUCGCUGGUGGAGAUGGCCAUCGGCAUGUACCCCAUCCCGCCGCCAAACACCGCCACCCUGGAGUCGAUAUUCGCAGACAACGCGGAGGAGGGCGGCCAGCCGACGGACGAACCCAGGGCAAUGGCCAUAUUUGAGCUACUGGAUUACAUUGUAAACGAACCGCCGCCGAAGCUGGAGCACAAAAUAUUCUCCACCGAGUUCAAGGACUUUGUGGACAUCUGCCUAAAGAAACAACCCGACGAACGGGCCGAUCUCAAGACCCUGCUGAAUCAUCCGUGGAUACGCAAGGCGGAAGUGGAGGAGGUGGAUAUAUCCGGCUGGGUGUGCAAGACAAUGGAUUUGCCGCCGUCGACGCCAAAGCGGAAUACAUCGCCCAACUAAAUGGCUCUGCAUCCCGGCCCGCGAUCUUCUCUCCUCUCCCAUAUCCCACAUUGCUCUUUGUUCAACAUCGCGUUGACGCCGGGCAUAAACAACUGAACUAUUAUUAUUAUUAAAUCGAAAAUAAAGAAAUCGAAGUCAUACCAUG